AUGUACGAGAAUGUUGAUGAUGCAGCAAACGCCAUCCAGCGCAUGUCGCGUUUGCGGCAGUCCCAGACACAGGGCGAUUACGUGGCACCUGUCGACCCGGUUGUGCCAACAGCAGCGCCACCACCGCGACCGAACCGACGACCACCGCCUACCAUCAACGACACCACUCCGGCUGACAAGGACGCUGACAACGCUGGCGAUGGUGGUGAUGAUGGUGAUGGUGUUGGUGAUGGAAAUGGUGGUGUGCGAACAGCGACAACACACGGCCCUUCAACAGCAGACGGUGGUGAUGGUAAUGGUGGUGUGCGAACAGCGACAACACACGGCCCUUCAACAGCAGACGGUGGCGUUGAAAUGAGCAAGAACGACAAAGCAGCAGCAGCAGCAGAAGCCGCCACCACCGCCGACGAAAAGAGCGGUGAUGGCGAUGCAGACAGCACGUCAGCAACAGAGACACAGAAGGCGUCCGCAGCCACAGACGCGGGUGGUGAUCGUGCUGCUCAAAGCGACGGUGAUGGUGAUGAUGAUGCGAAUCCGCCGGCGCCACCAGCGCCGUACAAAGCAGAGGACGAGGAACAGAGCGAAUCACAAUCGCAACCACAAUCCCCGGCUGACCUCGUGAGCCCCAAGAUGAAGAAGAAGCGGUCGUGGCCAAAUCUCUUUGGCCGAAAGCAGAAAGCAGCCGACUCAAACGAAGAGGCAGAGUUCCUGUCGAAGGUGAAGGGUGACUCUGCGACGAUGGGUGUUGCUAUUGCCUCAAAGGCGGUGACCAAGACCAAGUCCACAAACUACCUCACCCUGGCGCCAAACGAAAAGCUCGACAUCCUCGAGAUGAAGGCCUGCCCUCGCGGCACGUGGGUGUGCAAGAAUGCGUCUGGGAUGAUUGGAUUUGUGAUGACCACGGACGUGACGCUGGAUGCGCAGUCCGUUCGCGGGUUCCUCGACGCAAUCCCAAAGCCGCAAAGGGCGCAGGUGUCUGCGGAAGGGCUUCCGAUUGAGACGCUCUCAUCCUCUGCCGGCAUCAACGUGCUGCCCACGGAGCAGUGCCAGAUCAAGGCGAAGCAGGCGAGUGAGGCAACACAGCGGCUGCUGGGCACGCCGGGCGGUGCCAGUGAUUCUGACAAGGCGGAAGGUGAUGGUGAUGGCGAUGGCGAUGGUGGUGGUGAUGGUGAAGAUGAUGGUGCCGAGGCAAAGGCGGAGAGUGGUGAAAAGGAAGGAGAAGAAGCGAGUAGUGACGCAACAGCAACAGCGGCAGCAACGGAGGAUGAGGCAAGCGGCGACAAGCAAACCGACAGCGACCAGCAGAAGUCGAGCGAUGAAGACACAUCAGAAGCCAACACGGACAGCGCCACCGACACCACAACCAAGCGCGCCCCAAGUCCCGGUUACGACCGUCUCGCGUUCCCUGCGAAAGGCGGCAGCGGCAGCGGUGGUGUUAAUGGCGAUGGUGGUGGUGAUGGUGAUAGUGAGGCCAUCCCCGAGGACACAUAUGCCGUGCCCGAUGAGCUGACGGGCGCUGAGCCGUCGGGGCUCAUGUACGAUGACACGCCAAUCACUGCACCGGGAGCCGAUGACAUGUACGAGGCCGUGACGGAUGCGCUUGGAAGUGCUCCCUCCACCCAGCCCCCGCCCGUCCCAGCACCGCGCAAGCAGAGCGAUGUUGCAACGUGUCGUUUGUGA